CCGGCCCCCAGACGCACCUGUUCUGACCUGCUGAGCAGGUUCCCAGUUUCUGCCGUAGCUGUUGGCCACGGCGUGGGAAGCAGCUCUGGGGGAGCUCGGAGCUCCCAUCACGGCUUCUGGGGGGGCAGCUGCCGCUGGGUGCAGAACGGGGCCAGGUCCCCUAGCGGGAGCCCCAAGGGGACGGGCAGGUGCGCCAGGGCCCAAGGACCUGUGACCCUCCUGCCUCCGGGGUCGGUGCCCUCUCCAGCCCUAGAGCUGGCGCCCAGGGAGAGCCCGGUGGCACUUCAGGAACGCGGGGCAGCUCUGCGUGGGACCAAUGCCCCUGGUCCUGGGAGCCGACAUGCAGGGGCCUGAGGCCUGGCUGCUGCUGCUGCUGCUCCUGGCGUCACUUGCAGGUGAUGUGAGGCCCAGCCUCUCCUCUGAGGAGCUCAGCCUGGUGGGAGGCAGCUGCAGCCCCGGGGUAAACGCUGAGCGGGUGAAAGCAGGCAGCGGGCAGGCGCCGGCACACAGGAAGGAGGGCAUCCGGGCGCCGGGAGCAGGCCGCUGCCCGGCGGGCGAGCUGGAGACCCCGGAGCUGGUGACGGUGGUGCUGGGCCAGGACGCCCGGCUGCCCUGCCUCUACCGCGGGGGCCCCGACGAGCAGGUGGCGCAGGUGGCCUGGGCGCGCGCCGACGCGGCCGAGGGCGCCCGGGAGCUGGCGCUGCUGCACGCGCAGUACGGGCUGCACGUGGGCCCCGCCUACGAGGGGCGCGUGGAGCGGCCGCCCCCACGAGGCCCCCUGGACGGCGCGGUGCUGCUGCGCAACGCGGUGCAGGCGGACGAGGGCGAGUACGAGUGCCGCGUGAGCACCUUCCCCGCCGGCAGCUUCCAGGCGCGGCUGCGGCUCCGCGUGCUGGUGCCUCCCCUGCCCUCACUGAAUCCUGGUCCAGCGCUAGAAGAGGGCCAGGGCCUGACACUGGCCGCCUCCUGCACAGCUGAGGGCAGCCCGGCUCCCAACGUGACCUGGGACACAGAGGUCAAGGGCACGAUGUCCAGCCGCACCUUCGAGCACUCCCGCUCGGCGGCUGUCACUUCAGAGUUCCGCCUGGUGCCCAGCCGCAGCAUGAAUGGGCGGCCCCUCACCUGCGUGGUCUCCCACCCGGGCCUGCUCCAGGACCAGAGGAUCACCCACAUCCUGCAGGUGGCCUACCUUGCAGAGGCCUCUGUGCGGGGCCUGGAAGACCAAAAGCUGUGGCAGAUCGGCAGAGAAGGCACCACACUCAAGUGCCUGAGUGAGGGGCAGCCCCCGCCCACCUACAACUGGACACGGCUGGACGGACCUCUGCCGAGCGGGGUGCGCGUGGAAGGGGACACCCUGGGCUUCCCCCCGCUGACUGCUGAGCACAGUGGCGUCUACGUCUGCCACGUCAGCAAUGACCUCUCCUGGCGGGAGGCCCAGGUCACUGUGGAGGUGCUCGCAGACCCGGCCGAAGCCACGGGGAAGCAGGUGGACCUGGUGUCGGCCUCCGUGGUGGUGGUGGGCGUGAUCGCCGGGCUCCUGCUCUGCCUCCUGGUGGUGGUGGUGGUGCUGAUGUCACGAUACCAUCGGCGCAAGGCCCGGCAGAUGACCCAGAAGUAUGAGGAGGAGCUGACCCUGACCAGGGAGAACUCCAUCCGAAGGCUGCAUUCCCACCACUCGGACCCCAGGAGCCAGCCGGAGGAGAGUGUAGGGCUGAGAGCCGAGGGCCACCCUGAUAGUCUCAAGGACAACAGUAGCUGCUCUGUGAUGAGUGAAGAGCCGGAAGGUCGCAGCUACUCCACACUGACCACCGUGCGGGAGAUCGAGACCCAGACAGAGCUGCUGGCGCCCAGUUCUGGCUGCGAGCGGGCAGAGGGGGAGGAGGACCGCGACGAGGGCAUCAAGCAGGCCAUGAGCCACUUCGUGCAGGAAAACGGGACGCUGCGGGCCAAGCCCACGGGCAACGGCAUCUACAUCAACGGGCGGGGGCACCUGGUGUGACCCAGGCCCAUCUCCCAAAGCCCGGCUCCCUCUGCUGACGUGAGCAUUUCAGCUCAUCUCGCCCCCCACUCCCCGCUGACUGCGACCUUUUCCUCCAGCCCUUGUGUCUGAUACCCAGAUGGCUCCAUUGGUUGAGUCCCUGCUGUGUGCGCAGGUCAGUGUGUGUGUGUGUGUGUGUGUGUGUGUGUGUGUGUGUGUGCGCCGACUGUGUGUGAGGAGGGCGCCUGUGCUGCGCGUCAUGCCAUCUGUCAGGGCCCAGUGCCCGGUACUGCUGUGCCCGGGCCCCGGGCAGCUGCGUGAGAGUUGUGUGGCUGCAUGCCCUCCACCUGCAAACAGGUGUUUUCGUCAGACCCCAGAGCAGUAUUAUAAUGAUGCGGAGGCUGGAGGCCAGAGGUGGAGCUGCUGUGGGCACUUCCAGGUGUGCGGGCACAGCUGGAGCUGGGAUCUGGCUCCUGGUGGGGAGCGGGGCUCCCAGCGCUGGAGCCCACGGGCGAGUGUGAAGCCAGCCUGGUCCCCAGAGGCUCCAGCUGCCACAGGAGAAGCCCUCUGCCCUCUAGUGGCUGGGCCUGCUGCCUGCACAUCUGUAAGGACCGGUGCUGUGAGCCCUUUAGUAAGAGGAAAACUGUAAACAAGCUUUUCACUUACAUGAAAGGGUCUCAUUCCUUGAAGUGAGGCUGUCGGCACAGACCUGCCCAGGACACCCAGGUGGCCUCUGGGAGGGAGCCUGCAGCCAGGGGCCUGCGGGUGGGAGUGGCUGCGGCCCCGGAGGGCAGGGUCGGCCCCUGGCCCCGGAGCCCCUCUGCUUUCUUCGUCACGUUCACAGUGGCCUGUGGACCUGUGGGGGGUUGUUGGGACUUGGUGACAAGGGUUCCUGGUUCAGUUGUUGUUGGGGAGAGAGGGUGGGGGUUCAGGGGAUACGAAGGGGCUGCUGGGGGCCAGACUGGCUCCUUCCUCUGGGGCCACCACCUCAGGGCGUUUCUGGCCGUUUCUGCAGUGUGACAAGGCCCCUUUCUGCCUGGUCCACUCAGACACAUGCAGCCAGAGCCCCCAGCGGGGCGCCUGCAGGCCACCGCUCAGGCCUGCUAUAGGCUUCCUGGUCCAGGAGAGACCCGCCCUGCUCCCCAGCCGGCCCAGGCUUUGGAUCUGGGACCUAGUGUGUACAUUCUAUGUAAAUAUGUCCAUAUUUGUACAUAAAAUGAUAGUCUGUUUUUAAAUAAACAGAUGAUACCUG